GCGGGGCGGGGCGGCGAGGCGAGGCGCUGCGCUGGCGCUCCCUCCCGCGCUCCCAGCCUCUCCCCGCGGGCCGGCCGGGCGGCGGUAGCUGCGGCGCCAUGGGCUGCUUCUUCUCCCGCCGCAGGAAGCCGGCCCAGGGCGGCCAGCAGCAGCAAGCGGCGGCGGGGGGAGCCGGCCAGGACGCGGCGGCCGGCGAGGAGAAGGCGCCGCAGUACAGCUGGGACCAGCGAGCCAAGAUUGACCCCAAAGAUUACACUUUUUCUGGACUUAAAGACGAAACUGUUGGUCGACUGCCUGGAAAAGUAGCAGGGCAACAAUUCGUCAUUCAGGACUGUGAGAACUGUAGUAUCUACAUAUUUGACCAUUCUGCUACAAUCACUAUUGAUGACUGUGUAAACUGCCAAAUCUUUUUAGGACCAAUAAAAGGCAGCGUGUUUUUCCGUGACUGCAAAGAUUGUAAAUGCAUAGUGGCCUGCCAACAGUUUCGCACUCGGGACUGCAGAAAGCUGGAGGUAUUCUUGUGCUGUGCCACUCAGCCCAUUAUUGAGUCCUCCACAGGUAUGAAAUUUGGAUGUUUCCAGUACUAUUAUCCUGAGCUUGCUUUACAGUUUAAAGAUGCUGGACUGAGUAUCUUCAAUAACACAUGGAGCAACAUCCAUGACUUUACCCCUGUGUCAGGAGAAAAUAAUUGGGGUCUUUUGCCUGAGAAUGCUGUAGUCCAAGAUUAUGUUCCUCUGCCCAGCUCUGAGGAGCUGAAAGCUGUCAGAAUUUCUACUGAUGCUACUAGGAGCAUAAUACCAAUAACUCGAGGGCGGAGACAGAAAAGCAGCGAUGAAUCGUGUUUGGCCGUGUUUUUUGCUGGUGACUACACAACUGCAAAUGCCAGGAAGUUAAUUGAUGAGAUGACUGGUAAAGGCUUUCAGCUGGUACAGACUAAAGAAGUCUUAAUGAAGGCAGAGGAUGCUCACAGAGUUUUCCAGCAGUGUGCAUCAGAAUUCAUUCCACUGCUUGACAAAGGUCCAGUGGUUGCUUUAGAGUUCAAUGGAGAUGGUGCUGUGGAAGGAUGUCGAAGCAUUAUAAAUGAUGUUUUUAGCGGGACCAAGGUUUUUGUAUCGGAGAGCAAGGCAUCAGCAGCUCAAGAUGUAGACAAUUUCUACAACUUUGCUGACAUGCAGAUGGGAAUGUGAAGUUUAACAUGAAGGUGUUCACAUAUGGUUUGUCUUGGCACUUGGAUGUCACUUGGCUUGAAUAUUGUAGUAGUAUCUGAGAAUUUUUGUCAUUCGGUUUUGUAUUUCUCAUAUAUCCCUUUUAUAAAGCUAUUGGUGCUUUUAAUACCAUAUUACCUGAACUGGAGUAAAUAGCAUAGCUCCCCACAUGUGUUGUGUUUGAAACUUAUAAUUCAACUCCAGAAAUGAUGGAGGUUUUCUACUAACUUUUUACAGUAAUUUCUAAACUUCUGUUGACACUUGAAUAUUUCUUGUCAACAUCUAAUGGUAAUAAGUAUUUGAAAAGUGCAAUGCUGAUCCAAAUUUGAUACAGUAGUAAUUGUUAUCUUUAACUCGGACACGUUGUUUAGAAAGUGCAUUUAUGCGAAACUCGCUGUUCAAAACUUUCCCACAUGCAAAUGUGUCUUCAUUGGGGGCCAGGGAGGAAGGUGUAGUCGUUGACUUUUUCUGAAAGGCUAGUCUGAAAUGAAUUCUCCUUAUAGCAUGCUUUCAGAAGCAGUUCGUGACUUAUAAGUACAUCUGGCUUAUUCUGCUUCAGCAUCUUUUUCGAAUAAAGUUGUUUGCAGCAGCAUUUAUGCUGAGAGUUGUCAUAACAGCAUUCUGGUAAGUGAGCACUCGCCAGGCUCUUCUGCUUUGAGGUGAAUGCUGAGCAUGAGUGUUCUGCUGAAGAUGCUCCAAGGUCCACUCAGGGUCUCUGGCGAUAGAGUUGCCUCCGGUAUUCCCAAGUCAUGUAUGGGAUAUACGUGAGGUUCCCUUGGACUCGGAGCAAUAAGUCUCUGGCACCGUUGUUCUUUGCUAGAAGGGACAUACAGCAACCAGGAGUCAGAGAAGGGCUCUGAUGGCAUUAAAAAAGCUCUUCCUCGCUAGACCCCAGGACAAGGGUUUUACAGUCAGUAGUAGUACUGAAAAUUUGGCUGUAAAGCACUACACACUGCUGUAGGGUUUAUUUUGGAUUAAUUCUAAAAACAGACCGAAGAAGUGCUACUAGCAUUCUGGGAGAUGCAUUUGAAUAGUGAUCAGUAAGGAUGCUUAUUGGUAUAUAGUGCAUAUUAGAAUGCAAAUCUAUAUGGAUAUUAAACAUGAUUGAUGUAUUUCUGCAUAGCACAUCCUUACUGAUUUUUCUACAUAAACUUAAAGCUUAUGGCCAGGUUUACAAGCCCUCUGUAAUACUUGAACAGAUUGUGCGUGCAGAUACACAAAACCAAAUUUCUUAAAGUUGUGGCUUGCCAGUUUGUGUAGCUUUUACAAUCCAUUGAAUGGACUGGGGCUGUGUUGAGGUGCUAAAGCAAUAAUUUCCUCAUUAUGGUCAUCUGUCGAAAGGGAAGAUCUUGUGCAUCUUAACUGAAAAUGAGUCUCAACUCAUCAGUUUCACAGCUCUUGAGCUCUAAAAGUGGGUGGCUAAAAACAUCUCUUUCUAAUUUUUUAGAAUUAGCACAUGAAAGAAUCUGUUCUCCUGAAAUUCAUAAUUCUGUCAUGCCCCAGAGAUGUUCGAUGUUCUGAGCUGUCAUUUUGUUGCUACUAGGCAAAUGCUGGCCCUUAGUUUAAACUAUAUAUAUCAAGAAUAUGUCCUUAGGACCUCUUGUUAAAGUUAGGUAUAGAUUAAAUAAGGAAGAAUAUCUCCUGAAGUCAUUAAACCAUUAGUGUACUGAAAGUAAGAAAAAUGUCACUUUUCUGAAAUGUUUUUAUUUGACAAAGUGAAAUAAAAUCAAGCUGCCACCAGAAUCUGACUGGUAGUGGAAAUUACCACUUAUUUGCACUUAGCCAGCCAGGACUUUUUUUUUUUUUAUAUGUGCUAGGAGAGGCUGUGAAAACAGCUAAAAAUCAUAGAUUGGUCUCCAAAGUACUAGUACAACUCAUCAAUGAACAUUUGCAGGAAUUAUUCUAGACACAUACAGUAAAUGUAUUUUUCUGGUAUGGACGGUACAUUAAAAUUGUGUAAUGUACUUCAGAACUGUCAUGUGUAAUUUAUCUAAGCAGUGCAUAUAUUGGACUAUCUUGGUCUCUAAACUUUUACAUAUAAUAUUUCCAAACUUAUAUAUGAUCAUGUGUCAGUGUGUAUGUUUUUAGUUUAUUUUUUGUAUCAUUAAGCUGCUCUGGAAACAAAGUGCUAGAUUGAUUUUUUUUUUUUUUUUUUUUGUGACUACUUUUGCUGGAGGACAGAAUGAUUAAGUGAAAAUUAACCUAGGCUUGAAACAGUGGAAAAACUUUUCUACAUGGUAGGAAAGAGCACUGUUGCCUUUUUUUUUUUUUUAGCAUUGAUAGCCUGCUUACCAACUUAAAGAGUUUUUAAUAAAAAACCCCCUAAAUAAUGAAGGAGUUUCUCAAUCCAAUUAUUUAUCUUUUGACUUCAAUUUCUUGCUAACAGAGGUUGAGAACACUUGUAGCCUAAGCAUCAGGUAUUGUAUGUGUUACAGAAUGGUAUGUGCUUCAUGUAGUCUUUGUACAUUUGUUUAUGUAAUUUGUAUUGCACUGUGAAUGUGAUUCAUAAUAAACAUUGAAAAUCUAAA